AUGUAUAGCUUCUGUCGCAAGACAACACUCACAAAACACCAAAGCCGCUCACAUCAAGCGGAAGCCGUUUCGCCAUCUGCGCAAUCAUGCGAAUCAGAGCUCUAUUCUCAACAGGCGCAGCACCCGAUGUCGAUGAUGUCACAGUCGCCGCAGGUACCGCAGCACCAACUGCAAUCGCAACAGCCUCAGCCGCAGGAACAGCAGCUCCAGUCACAACCACAACAUCUACAAUCUCAGCCGCGGCCACAACAACAUUCCCCUUACCAACAACAACACUCCCCCAUAAUAGCCGUGCCUGUGGCGGACUACUUCCACCACGCCCAAGCCCAACCAACAACUGUCCAUUCCAUCCCUAUCUCCGCAGAACAAUCCAUCCUUCCCCCACAGGUACACUACGUCACAACGGGCAUGAUCCCAUCCCAGAUCCCCCGUUAUGACAUCCCAAUCACAACCUCAGCAUCCGUCUCCACACCAACAUCUAUGGAUCACCUCGCAUACAACCAUCCCGUUUCGGUAUCUAUGCCCCAGCAGCAGCGGAUCCAAGCACCGCAACCUGUACCAAUCCCGCAUCAGGCAGACGGAGGCUUCCAGGUUCUCCCUGUUGUUGCAGGAGGAGCUGGCGGACAGUACAUGAAGGAAUUCGAUCAAAUGAAGCAUGGCCAGCAAAGGUUCUUUGGAUCAGCAUACCCAGAACAGAUGAACUGGGAAUUUUUGGGCUUGAGUUAG